AUGUCUCCCAUACGUGUUGGCUUGAUCGGCCUGUCGAGUGCGCCACCCGACAAAUAUCAGGGUGCAGGCUGGGCUCCUAUUGCGCAUCUGCCUUACCUUCUCAACUCAGAUGCAUAUACUCUGGUCGCCUUGUGCAAUACUUCGGUAGAGUCGGCGAAGAACGCAGUCAAAUUGUAUAACCUACCCGAAUCUACAAAGACAUACGGAAACAUCGAGUCAUUUGCCGCCGAUCCCGAUAUCGACCUCAUCGUAGUGUGCGUCCGCGUAGACAGACACUAUGCGAUCACCGUACCCGCUCUUCGUGCUGGAAAAGCGGUCUUUGUUGAAUGGCCGCUUGGAUCUAACCUGGAGCAAGCGAAGGAGAUGGCCUUCGUCGCAAAGGAGCACAGCGCAAGGAAUUUAGUGGGCCUACAGGGAUCGUUCUCUCCGUUGGUCAGGCGAGUCAAGGAGUUGGUGGACGGUGGGAGGAUCGGUAAGGUCCUGAGCAGUUCAUAUAUCACUGCUCAAGGCUUCGGAGGGGCAGUGCCCGUCGACUAUUUCACGAAGAGAGAGGUGGGUGCAAAUCCUAUCACCAUCGGUAUCGGACACGCUUUGGAGUCCAUCGAGCAUGUUCUUGGAUCUAUCGAUUCUUUCGACAGCAUCAUGCUCAACGGCCAUCCCGUAGUUGACAUCGUCGCGCGUGACGGUUCUGUCGCCGAGAAAGAAGUCAAGAAUGAAGUCCCCGACCAAGUCAUGUUCCAUGCUAAGACCUUGAACGGCGCCAUAUUCUCCUUCUACAUGCGUAGUGGACCACCCUUCCCAGGCACCCCUGCUCUUGAAUGGCGUAUCCAUGGAGAAUCUGGAGAGAUCCGUCUCACUUCGCCCGGGCCGUUCUUGAACGUCGGUCUCGCUGAGAGCUUAUUAGAGCUGCACGAUCAGAAGACGGGUCAGGUUGAGGUGGUGGAGCCUGUGAAAGAUGAGCUGGAGCACUUGUCGUUGCCGGCGAGGAACAUCGGAAGGAUGUAUGAGUUGUUUGCGAGGGGCGAAGAGGAAAGUCAUGGUUUCGAACAUGCUAUAAAGAGACAUCAGUUUUUCGCGGAGUUGUUUCGCCAAUAUGACGCCCAGGUGUAA